UCUUCAUUUAGCAAAAAGGCAAAACUUGGAAGGCCAAGGUUCUACAUAUAUAGCAAGUAGUCACCAAACAAGGGUGGUUUUCAGCUUCUUGCUUAGAAUUUUGAUGGCCUGUUUCCUGCAAAUCUAAUCACUUCAAUUUCUUCUCCCUUUCAUCACCAUAUAUAUCAGGUCUGAUUCAAAACCAGAAGAAUAUCCAUGGCCACGAAUCAAGGUUUUGAAGAAGAUUAUCUAUCUGGGUUUUCAUGGCCGCCAAGAUCUUACACUUGCAGCUUCUGCGAGAGAGGAUUUAGAUCAGCUCAAGCUCUGGGUGGUCACAUGAAUGUUCACAGGAGAGAUAAAGCCAGGCUACGACAAUUACCUCCUCCAAUGGAUCAUCAUGGUCAGUCACCAUUUCUGAACCUUAACCCUAACCCUAAUUCCUCUUCUUCAUCCUUAGUUUCUUCUCCAUUACCUUGUGAAAUGAAGAAAUGGCUAGUUAACGAAACCGUCGUAGAUAGCACGGAUUCAACGAGCAUGAAGGGUGCAAAACCAUUGUCUGGAGUGAAAGAAUUCAAAGAUUAUGGAUGUAAAAAUAAGUUCAUGAAGAAGAAAAAAAAUAAUGUGAAUUUGGACUUGGAUUUAGACUUAGAGAUAGGUGUGGUUAGUGAUUCCAAGGAAGAUUUGGAUUUGGAACUUCGAUUGGGAUACUCUUAAUUACAUUAAAAAUUGAAUGCUUCAAGGUUUUAUUAA